AUGGGAAAUUGUUUUGUAUCAAAACCAAAAAAAGAAACCUAGUCUGAGGAUUAAAGUCCUGGAAAGGAAGCUUUAAACUUAUUUAAAUAAAAGUAAAAAUUAAAAGAAGAUACUAUAACUGAGUAAGUAAAGAAUGGAGGAACAAUGUUGAAAUAAGAUUCUAAACAUGCAUCAGAUGUUAUCUAAGGUUAGGAUGAUGUAUGAUUUUUUACUAAAUAUAGCAGCACAUCAAAUAAAGAAAUGAAAAAAAGAAUAAGAAGUUUGUAAAUGGCAUAUUAUAAAAAGAUGAAUUUGUGGAAAAUGUAGAAAAAAUAGAAAAGGAAAAAAAACCUCAUGAUUAUUAGGUUAUUUUGAAUGCUCUUGGUUAACAUUACUUCUUUGCUCAUAUUAGUGAUUAACACAAGUAAAUAUUUAAUUAUGAGCCAAGAGAAGACAUUGUUAUGAAAAUGUUUUAUUGCAAAGUCGCAGCAAAUGAAUUUGUUUUUUAACAAAAUGAUUAAGCCAGUGCCUAUUUCAUUAUUGAUUAAGGAAUUUGUGAUAUUAUAAUUAAUGGGGAAGUAAAAAAGUAACUUACCACUGGGGAGGGUUUUGGAGAACUAGCAUUAUUGUAUGGAGCACCUCGUUCAGCUUCUGUUAAAACUAAAGAUGGUUAGUUUUUUUAUUGAAAUUAGAGUGUUUCUUUUGGGGUAUUGACAGAGGGACUUUUAGAGCUGCAGUGGAAGAGCUAGUUUAAAAAGAAUAUGAUGAAAAUCGAAAGUUUAUUGAUUCAAUUAAAUUUUUUGAAUGGAUGACUGUUGAUUAGAAGGAUAUGAUAGCAGGAGCAAUAAUUACUUAAUCAUUUAAAAAAGGUCAAGCAAUUGUAAAUGAAGGAGAUAUGGCUAGUUCUUAUUUCAUUAUAAAGUCAGGAAUGGUUAAGAUAAUGAAAGGAGGCAAUGAAUUAAGAUAGAUGUCUGUAGGAGAUUCAUUUGGAGAAUAAGCUCUCUAUCAAAAUUCAGUGAGAGGAGCCUCUGUAAUAGCAGUAGAUGAAAAUGUUUGUUGUUUAGCUAUUGGAAGGGAGACAAUAACAAAAAUUUUAGGUGAUAAGAUAUAGGUUAUAAUGUAUAACAACCUUUUGAGAUGGAGUUUUGAAAAGAAUCAAUUGUUGUGUAAAUUAACUAAAAUUCAAAUUGAAAAGAUUGUGACUAAAAUUUAGACAGUAAAUUAUGAGGCAAAUCAAAGGAUCUACACAGCAGAUCAAAAAUGUGAUAAAUUAGUUAUAGUUUUAGAAGGGAAGUUAUGCAAUGUAAGUAUAUUAAAUAUUGAAAAUUAAGAAAGAAAAAGAGAUAGCUACAAAAGGAUAAAUUGUUGGAGAUUAAUUUUUACCUAAAAAAAAUAGAGAAAAACUGGUUCCUUAUGAUAUAUUUUUAAAGGAGGGAGGCAAAGUUGCAUAAAUACCAUUUGAUGUAUUUUUAGAAUGCAUAGGAGGUGAAUUAGAUUAAGUGAUUUAGAAGAAUGAAAACAAUCAUGAAGUGAAAUAUAUGUAGAGAUAAAUCUCAAAAUAAUAAGUAGAUUAUUUAAUCUUGGAUGAUAUGAUUCAUAUAAAAAAAUUAGGAUAAGGAUAAUUUGGUUCAGUGUAUUUGUGUAAGAAUAAAAAGGAUGGUAAAUUAUACGCCUUGAAAUGCAUCAUUAAAAACUAAAUAGUAGAAUAACAUUUAGAAAGUCAUCUAACUUAAGAAAAAACUGUGCUUGAAUAAAUUUAAUUUCCUUUAAUGAUGAGAUUUUACAAAUCGAUGAAGGAUGAUAAUUUUAUUUACUUUCUAGUUGAAUACAUAAAAGGUUUGGAAUUGUUCGAUGUGAUCAGAGAUAUAGGAUUACUAAAUAAUUAUGAUUCAUAAUUUUAUGUAGCCUCUUUAUUACUUUGCAUGGAGUAUCUGCAUACUCACCAUAUUGUCUAUAGAGAUAUUAAACCAGAAAAUGUGAUGGUAGAUCAUCAUGGAUACAUUCGAUUGAUUGAUAUGGGAACUGCAAAAAUUUUGAAAGGGAAAGGUCGAACCUUUACUAUUAUAGGAACUCCUCAUUAUAUGGCUCCAGAAAUCUUAAAUGGAAAAGGUAUUAAAAUAGUAAUGCAUUAAGGUUAUUCAUAUUCAGUAGAUUUGUGGAGUAUAGGUAUAUGUCUUUACGAAUUUAUGUGUGGAGGAGUUCCAUUUGCUGAGGAUGCAGAAGAUCCAUAUGAAAUAUACGAGGAAAUUACAAAGAAACAAAUUUCAUAUCCCAAUCAUCUUAAAGAUCGAAAGGCUAAAAAAUUUAUUGAUUAAUUAUUAAACAAGACCCCAGAAAUUCGUUUAGGUGGGAGUUAUGCAGCUUUGAAAGCCAACUCUUGGUUUGAUGGAUUGGAUUGGGUAUUUGUGAUACGUUAGUUUUAAAUAGGAUAAAUUGAUGGAUAAAGAGUUAAAGCCUCCUUAUAUUCCACCUAAGGAUAGAUUAAUCGGGGAAAAAGAAAUUGUAACAAUUGAGAAGCAAAAUAAAAGCAUAUAGGGAGAAAUAAAAAAUGUAUGAUUAGAUUUAAUGCUUAGGAUCUUGGGGAGAAAAAUUUAUAUAAGAAGGAAUUAGCUAAGGAUCCUUUAUGGGAUGAGAAAUUUAAUUGA